AUGUCCAGAUUGCGAGUCUUAGACGGACUUUCUGAGGACGUCAAUACACUCAAAUCCGUUGUAAUUUCCACUGACGCCGACAUCCUUUUAAAGAGGGAAUUUGCUUACGUCGUGAUGAACUAUGUGUGUAUCACCUUUGAGUGCUUCUUGUGUCCAUUAGAGUUACUCAAGCGCCUUUUAAGUCAUAUCAAACAGAUAUCCCCAUUCAUCCGCGCCGUCUCUGAUCUUUUAUUAUAUGAAAAUACAGUCACAGUGAUCGAUUGGAUUGAUUACUGUCAACUUCUAUUAAACGAAGAAUAUGACUUAGCUGAAUUAAGGAAGCUCCGAGUCGUUCAUCACUUAGCUCUUCAGUUCUCUCAAUUUUCCCAACAAGUCAGUCAAAUCCCUUUAGUGAGAAUAAAGCCUUUAAAAGAGCCAAAGAAUGCUUUUCAACGGCCUCAUAUUAAUGCGAUGUUUUGGGGAAGGUCAAAAUCCGCUGAUUUUAAAUUACUCGAGUAA